AUGUGCCUGCUGGGCACCUUCCACCUCUGCUCCGAGAUCCUCGCAAGGGUCCUGAGCGGCACACCUGGGGACAGGAGCGCUCACCCAGGACACUCAGCGCCCCCUCCAGGACACGCAGUACCCCCUCCAGGACACUCAGCGCCCCCUCCAGGACACAGACACACAGCGCCCCCUCCAGGACACGCAGCGCCCCCUCCAGGACACACAGCGCCCCCUCCAGGACACGCAGCGCCCCCUCCAGGACACGCAGCGCCCCUGAGAGCUCACAGCCCCUGA